UGGCACGCGAAACUCUUUUUACAGCUUCUUCCCCGAAUUUGGAUCGUAGAGGCUUUGCUCGCUUUAAAAGGAGAACGAGCGGCUCUCCUCUUCCUCGUCAAAUCUUUCUUUCCCGAUUACGAGAAGCCUUUCGCGUUGAAACGAGACAAAGUUGGCCGAGGAUCGACAAUCGAUAUUCGAUAGUCUUUCGAAUUUCGACGAAUUUUGGUUAGAAUUUUCGUGGAUCGGAAUGUUCCGCACGAAAUUGGGUAUGCUGGCUAAAGUCACCCCAAUGAUGAAGCAUCCGAAAAGGCCGGAAAAGAAAAACAGUUGGACGUUCAUGAUGUCGAAGCUCGUGUUCAAUUUGGCCGGAUACAACAGAUACGGAUUGUACAGCGACGACGUGAUAUAUCACGACAGCCCCGUGGUGAAAGAGGCGCUUCGUCGAUUGCCGAAAGAAGUGCUCGACGCGAGAAAUUUUAGGAGCAUACGGGCGGCGCAAUUGGACUUUCUGAAAAUGAAUCUACCCAGGGAAAAAUGGAUCACGUACGAGCAGGACAUGAAUUAUCGCUAUCUGCAACCGUACAUAAUAGAGAUCGUGAUGGAGAAACAGGAGGUUAACGAAUUCGGUUGCACCAAUUACGCCGAGUGGCAUUGGCCCAGCAACGAAUUCAAAUAACGUCAUUCCACCUUGUUCGUCGUUUAAUAAUCAAUAAUCGAAGCAGCAGCAAUUUUCUUUCUUCGAUUCUCUUCUUCUCAGACGAAGGUAUCGAAAUAUUUUGCCACGAAAUAUUCGAUCGAUCCGAAUAAGAAAAAGAAUUCGAGUAAGUUGGAGUUUAGAAAGCAGACGCGUAAUUCUAGAGGGUACGUCGACGUGACGAUAAAAGUGGAUGAUGACGUGAAGCCCGGCUCGGCGAUGUGUCGGUUCUUGAUGGUAACUUCGUUAUCUCGCUGCCUUAAUUAUGGACCACGCAUUGAAGUGGGUGUGCCCCGGCAAGGAUGUCGCUCUAGAGAUUCGAAAAUUGCUUCUUGAAGCGCGUCGCGCGUCGCACGGCCUCUGGAUUCGAGGAGGCGCUCUUCAAACUCCACCCUGACCCAGGAUCUUGCCCGCGUAUUCACGACGCGGCGCAUCGGCAACGCUCUUUCCCCCGAUUCUUGCACCCUCCUUUUUUAAACGCGCCCCAACAUUUUCGCCGCGAGUAGACCGCUUAAUUAAACGCAGACGCGGUAUUCCGCUUCCGGUGAUUCUUUUCUUUCUUCCUUCCUUUCUUUCUACGCGUGCAUCGCUUUUUCCCUCUCCCGCUACGUGCAUUUCGUAUCG